GGUUGGCUGGCUGGAAGAAUCAACAAGCUGAUCACAACCGUUCAAUUUCAAAACGACAGCGCCACGUUCGGCCGUUUCAAAAGUAAGCCGAUGUUUCCUCUAACGUGAUUGUUUCCGUACAAAACAAGCCAAAUUUCUGAAAAAAAACAUGGUUCGUAAGAGGAAAAAUAGUGAGGAAAAUACCGCUUCUCCAAGGCAAACCCGUCAAAUUACCAAGAAGAUUGAGAAUCGCAAUGAACCAUCUGCUGAUGAAGAAUCUGAGAGAACUCUAAAAAAUGUAGCACAAGAAAGAGGGAUAAAGAGAACAAGACGACAUCACACUAAAAAUUUGCAGAACACAACAAAUCUUGAUACUAGUUUUGCAUCCGAAUUGGAUGCUUCAAAACAAGAUGAGACAAACAAAGCAAUUCACAAGAGGGCUACUACCAGAUUUAUGAAAAAGACAACCUUAAAUACUAAUGAAGAAAAAUUGAACUCAUCGCAGGAAAUUGUAGUAGAAAAUUCUCCAAUUCGUACAAGAAAACGUGCAAAGAAGGGUACAGAUGAAUUAAGUGACAAAAGUGAUACAUCUAUUGUCAAAAAGAAGGUGGCAAAAAAAAGGUCACCAAUUAAAGUAUCAAAAGCAAAAAGAACUCCUUUGAGGAGAAUUCGAAAUUCAAAAUCCAAAAUAACAUAUGAAAGUAGCUUUGCAAAGAAUGACAGUGAAAAUCCCCAAGAAGGGUUGAAAGAUAAAAAAAGUUCUCAAUCAAGUACCUUGAAUAGUUCCUCAGCAAAUGACGAAAGUGAUUCCAUGAUCAAGGAGCUAACUACAGAUGAAUUCUUAAACGUGUUGCAAAAGUGGCCAACCGGGAAGAAUAGAAAUGAGACCCCACAACCGCUAUCACCACGAAUAUUACGCAAACGCAGAGAGAGAUUACCGAACGGAAUAGUAACACCACAGAAUAGUCCAAUUGUAGUAAAUCUGACGCCCCACAGAUCGACAAAGACGCCAAAGAGGUCUCCAUUGAAUUUGAGGUCACCUAAGAGUCAUUCCCAGACGCCUUUGAGAUUAUCCAAAAGUCCUAGGAAGUUGCCGAUUACGUUACAUUCUCCAGCUGCGUCUGACAUUUCGACAGUUUCCGAGCAAAACUCCCCGAAAGUAAAGACAAACCAAACUAAGGAUACGAUGAACCUCAUGACUGGAGUUGUCAAGAAGAUUGUUUCGCCGUCGCUAGCAAGAGCGUCAAGAGGAAGCUCCACAUCGCCGAAACUGAAAACCAGUCCAAAGUAUUCAAAGUCUCCAAAGAUCGUGUUAAAAUCGCCAAAGAUAUCGCCUGGGAACAACAAAAGAAGCUUCAUGAUACGCGGGUCUUCGAAGACACCUCAGACGUCCGUUCACUCUUCGUUGUCAAAAUCAACAGCCUCACCAGAAAUUGUUGUGAGGUUAACACGACUGGAGAUUCCUACUUCAGGAACAUCUCCGCGAACAUCCCGGGAAAGAGUUAGCGUAUCAGCAUCAAAAGUUCGAAAGUCUCCCAUUAAGCUAGCCGCAUCAAGAUCACCGAUCAAAUCGCCAUCGAGAACGCCGAAGAUCGUUUCGAAGAAGAUGAAGGUGCGUACACCCGUGCCAAAAGGUAGAAAAUCUACAGCAAAAAGUCCUUCGCUCUCAACGCCACCCGGGACUCCUCUAAAGACACCGGUGACGAUGAAAUUGUCGCUUCACGGUGGAGACAGCCCGCGAAGGGCCAAAUCUUUGAACAAGAAACGAUCACCGAUUACUGACUCCGGGACACCACUGAGACCCAUAUCUACCCCGGAGAAUAUAAGUUUAAAACGCUCAGCAUCCAAGCCGGGCUUAGAUGCGAGCAGUCUGACGAUUCCGCAAGAACGACAUAUAGACAUCGAGAAGCCACUGUUGUCCUCGACACCACGUGACAGGAUCGCCCGAAUUAUGCAUCUAUCACCGAAAUUAAAAACAUCUUCUAGAAUAGAUGACAGAACGUCUCCCUCAAACUCUUCUUUCCUGUCCACGAUUACUCUACGUGAAAACAUGGACGACUUCCUUACAAAUUGUUCCUUAAUCGAGAACGAGGAAAAACCUUUAACCAAUGAAACUGAAUUGAUAAAUGGAGGCCACACGUUCAGUCCGGAUUCAUCUAGAAAGGACGGUACCUUUGAAAUUACUAACGAUGAUUCCGCAUUGAAAACUCACAAGGACCUGGAUAAUGAUACCUACGAAGUAACUGAACCAAAGACCCCCAAUUUUCAAAAAGAGAGGAGGAAACGUUCAAUGGUGGAUGACGAGUCGGACAAAAACAGCCGUCAGGUUAAGCGGACUUGCCGAGUUCGUUUCGCACGAACUACUGAGAAUGAUUCUGUCGCAGAUGGUCUUGAUUCAGCGGAAUGUGGAUCUAAGUCAUCCGUUGCGCCGUCCCUUAAAACAGUACAGUCGAGAUUGCCCACUUCGAUAAAACAGUACAGUGCUAUUCAAAGUAGAAAAAUUUAUACACCUCUUAAGGAAGCCAGUGAAAAUUUACGAAGAUCCACUUCCAUGACAAAUGUCGAAGCAAAAGUUGCUGUGAUAAAACCACAGUUGAAAAGGAGGUCCGUCUCAGCGUCUGACAUCAACACGAGAACACCGGGAACGAGUCAGAAGGCACAAAAUGCAUCAGUCAGCAGACUCAGUAGACCAAAAAUUUCAACUCAUUCCCCCAAGAAGAGAGAUUUAAAAACGCCUGUUGCACGAAAAGCACCAAAUUUUGCUGAAAUUCAUCAGAAGAAGUUCGCGAAGAUGGAGUCUCUCGUGGAUGCGAAAAAACGAGUUCAGGAGCGACACAUCGUUCUGAGCAACAACCUCGUUGGGAAUACCUCGAAAUUGGCAAUCAAUAUACCGUCCUUGUCGAACGUUGGAAAUGGUGUUUGCAACAGAUUCGGAUUUAAGUUGCGGAAGCCCGAAGCCACGGAGGUUGUUUCUAAAAAGCGGCAAGUCGCAAGACCAAGGGAGAAAAAAAAGGAGGAGAAUCGAACGCUUUUAAAAGGGGUUCGCACAAAUCGGCGCUUUGAGUUGCAGAUGAAGUCGCGCAAUUUGCAUCAAUGAAGAACAAGAAUCGUGAUCGAAAAUCAAUUUUUUUCAAUAGAUAGAUUUAUGUUUUAGAGUUUAAGAUUUAUGAUCACUAACAAUUAUGCUAUCAGAGCAUUCGUGCUUGUUUAAAAGUGAAAAAAUGGAUAACGGUAUUUUUAUUUAUAUUAACUUUUUCUUUAAAUCGUUUUCUUUAUCUUUCUUUACUCAUCUUCUUUUUUCUUCCUUCCUUCCUUCCUAUAUUAGAGCAACAUGGCCAAUUGGGAUGAAAUGAAGUACAAAAAUUACGCUGAGUCUUGAGAAGACGAGCCGCUGCUGCUAUGUAAACAUGAAAGAAAAACGUUAUUUGUAACUGGUGCCUCAAUCUGGAUAUUUGCAUCCUGAUCUUUUUCUUUUUAUGUCGAUCUUUUAUUUUCUUUUUAUAAUUUGCUGAAUUUGUAGAACGUGUAAGUAACUAAUAUUUUGAUUAAAUAAAAAGUGAGAAAAACA